GCGAAGUGGCCGUGAUUUUUCAUCUCGCUUUCUAUCCUUGUCGGAUUUUCAGGAAAACAAGGACACCAGGUAGCUGACGGCAGCUGCCCUGAGCCAUUCUUCAUGUUCAGCAUUGUAAUGCCCAAGCAGUGAAAACACUUUCUUUACAAGAUUGGGUUUGGAUUACACAAAAGGAGCUACGGACUGUAGAGAAACCCACUGUUUAAACGCGACAGCGACGUCGACAUGAUCAAACUUCGUCAGAGCCUGCGCAGGAAGAAGCCGACCUACGUGCCCGAGGCCAGCCGGCCGCACCAGUGGCAGGCCGAUGAGGAGGCUGUGCGCAAGGGCAAAUGCAACUUCUCUGUGCGGUAUCUGGGCCAUGUGGAGGUGGAAGAGUCCAGAGGGAUGCACGUGUGUGAGGAGGCUGUGAAGAAACUCAAAGUUAGUGGGAGUAAAUCCGUCAAAGCCGUGCUGUGGGUGUCAGCGGAUGGCCUGAGGGUCGUGGACGACAAAACCAAGGACCUCAUUGUUGACCAGACCAUUGAGAAGGUGUCCUUCUGUGCGCCUGAUCGGAACUAUGACAAGGCCUUCUCCUACAUCUGCCGUGACGGCACCACACGCCGCUGGAUCUGCCACUGCUUCAUGGCACUGAAGGACUCGGGGGAGCGACUGAGUCAUGCCGUGGGCUGUGCGUUCGCUGCCUGUUUGGAGCGGAAGCAGAAACGAGAAAAAGAGUGUGGAGUCACGGCCUCCUUUGACGCGAGCCGCACUUCCUUUGUGCGUGAAGGCUCCUUCCGGGUCACAUCCGGCAGCCAGCAGGUUGACCGCGAGGACAUCAUGAAGCACCUGCAGGAGAAGAAGAAAGAGACAGUUGGUCCCGCUGUCCCUCCGGGCACUGCCUCCCCACCAGAGGGCGCUGCUUCACCGGGGGAGCGGGCAGAUGCAGGGAGCGGGCAUGCCAUUCCCCGCCGCCACGCCCCCAUCGAGCAGCUGGUGCGACAGGGCUCAUUCCGGGGUUUCCCCGCCCUCAGCCAGAAGAACUCCCCCUUCAAGAGGCAGCUCUCCCUGCGGCUCAACGACCUGCCCUCCACCCUGCAGCGCAAGACCGACUUCGACAGCAAGAACCCAGAGAUGGAAUCCAUAUUGGGUGAAGCAGACAGCAUCAACGCCCUCUGCAGCCAAAUCAACACAUCCUUCACAAAGCCCUCGGACGACCCCUUCACCUCCUUGUCCACCAACGGUAUCCCAGCGUGCACUGUGCCCCCGGCUAUCCUGCCACCACCCACACCACUGCAAAGCACGAAUCUGUGGGCGCAGGCAGAAAGGGUGGUGCAGACGGUUCCCCUGGACCAGGGCGGCCACAAGCGGACUCCCUCUGAAGCGGAGCGUUGGCUGGAGGAGGUGGCCAAGGCAGUGAGGACCCAGCAGCCCCCUCUGGCCACCAUGCCACCCCCUGCAGUGCCCGUGGUGCCUGGGCCUCCAGGCUCCCUGCCCACCUCAGUGCAGCCCUUCCCCCUGGCUUUCGACGCCACGCCGGCGCCCGUGGGCAUGUACGUGCCUCCGCCCCUGCAGCCGGCCUUCAUGCCCAUGCAGGCCUACAUGCCCACCCUGGCCAACAGCAUGACCUACCCCAGCGCCAGCGUCCCCGUGGUGGGCAUCACGCCCUCCCAGAUGGUGGCGAAUGCCUUCUGCACGGCCACCGGGGCGGGGAUGCCCUCGAUGGGCAGCGUGGGGCUGACAGGGUCCAAGACGGGGGGUGCCACUGGCGGGCAGCAGGGUGUUCAGGCCCACGGAGGCAUCCCAGGGGCCCAGCUCACCAACCCAGUGGCGAUGAAUGGGCUCCCAGCGCACCCCAUUCUCACCAGCUCGGCCGGCCAGAACGGCACCAGCAACGGCACAGCCUGGCCUGGCGAGGCCCUGCAGCAAGCCCCGCCCACCCAGUCCCAGGAGGCUGAGCGCUUCGAGGCUCAGUGGGCGGCACUGGAGUCCAAAACGCCACAGAAGGCCGCGAACCCAUUCUCUAACGACCUGCAGAAGACGUUCGAGAUCGAGCUCUAGUCGCGCUCCGCCCGUCAGCUUCGCCGGCACAAACGGACAGUCGAAACACUCCCUAUUCCGUUCCGUCUCAGCUUUCCCGAUUUCUUCAGUUUUUUCCCAGGAGAACCACUUCUUCUUGUCCCUCCCACUUGACUUACUGACAGGAAGCUGACAGAAAGGGGUUGCAGGAGAAAGGCUUCCUGGAAACAAUGAUGGAGGGCCAGGCACCUCUGGUAGUGUAGUCUCAUGUCAGGUGCUAAACCAGAAUUUCAGAUUCAGUUUCAAAACCUGUUGGAGAACUAAUGAACUUGAGUAGACCAAACUAGGACCUGGUCUUAACCCCAAGGCACAGUGGACAACAUUCCUCGUGUGUAUGGAAAUGUCACUGGUUUACUAGCAGAUGACACUAUCUGAAACAGGGGCAUUAAUGAAAGGAUUGGUCCACAUAUCUUGACCAAAAAAAUACAAGGGUGUCUUUG